UAAAUAAAUACAUAUUACUAUUAAAGAACUUAUAAAUAAAACAAACUUAAAACAUGCCUUCGACCUGCAGAUUUGAUUUAAAUAAACCAAAUGCCACAUAUUUUAGUGGUGAAGUAAUAGCGGGUACAAUCACUCUCAACACAAGCAGUGAUAAAAAUGUAAGGGACGUCAGCAUUAUCUUCCUCGGCGAAGGUAAAGUCAAAUGGGAAGAAUCUCACUCAACAUCGAAUAGCGAUGGAAGCAGUUCGACUAGUACAACUUACUAUAGAACACAUGAAGUGUACGUCAAUAAUAAUACAAUGGUACAUGGAGAUGGAGUUCUGCCAGUCGGAACACAUACUUAUUCAUUUAAUAUACCUUUGCCCUGGGAAUGUCCCACAUCCUGUGAGGGCAAAUAUGGCCAUGUGCGCUAUGAAAUUUCGUUAAAAAUUAACAGAUACUAUCGUUUCGACAAUGUCUAUAAGAGGCCAGUGACUAUAAUAAAAACUAUUGAUUUGAAUUUAUGUCCAGCUUAUAAGCUACCACUAGCGUUGGAAACUAUUAGUAGUGCCUGCUGUUGGCCCUGUUCGAAGGGUAAAAUUUUGUGUACUCUAAAAAUACCUUUUGGUGCCUAUGCUCCUGGUCAAACCAUUAAAUAUGCUCUGCAUAUAGUAAACCAAUCCAUGGACGACACUGAGGGUUAUUAUGUAGAAUUCUCUAAGAAAAUGAUUUUCACAGCACGAUCUCCUCGUCAUAAGGAGCGUAGUUCUAAAGAUGUUUUAGUGACCAGAUCGUUUAAUGAAAAUUGUCUGCGUCUAGCUAAUCGUAUUAUAGAGGGUGAAAUAUAUAUACCAUCUACGCCUCCGACUACCGAAAGAUCUAGUAUUAUAUGUAUUGCAUAUAAAUUGAAGGUUACUUUACAACUGGGUUGCUGUGUUUCAAAUCCUGUUAUGGAAGUACCUAUUAUCAUAGGUACUAUACCGCUGAGGGAAAGUAUACCAGCUAAUCGGACUAUGAUGAGCAUUGCUGAGGAUCAUGUUGUACCAACUGCCCCAGAACUGGCUGAAGCAGGUGUUGGUGGGGAUUUGCCACCCAGUUAUAAUGAAAUGCAACCACCCACCUUUGAGGAGGCUACUCGUAGCAAUUCUCCUUUCAUUGAUACCGAUAUUGAUGAAAGGAAUCGUAUUGUGGGAUUUAAACCACUUUAUCCUAUGUACAAUCUUCCUUAUGGUGGAAAAUAAUUAUAUUGUUUGCUUAGAUUAAUAGAUAUUAAGGUUUUAUACAUAUAGUUUUAUAGUUUUUUUUAUGAUACAUAUGCCAUAAAUACUUACCAUGUUUCCAAUAAAUGUUUAUACUCAUUUUAAAUAAAAUUUAAAACAAA